AGUUACAUGUCAUAAGGAAGUAAACAAAACGGCAUCGUAUUAUGCUGUGGUGAGAUCAACCCCGCGUUUCCUUACAUUUCGAGCCUUCUCUUGUUCACAGUGAUCCAAUUCUCUUCUCAGAUCUCACUCUCGUUCGUUCUGAUUCAAUUCGAUUAAGAAGCAUUUUCGUGAUUUCAAAGAUCAAAGGGAAAGAUGGUUUGCCUUGCUGCAUCCAUUAUCAGCAAAUCUGGCAAAGUCCUAGUUUCUAGACAGUUUGUGGAAAUGUCCCGUAUAAGAAUUGAGGGUCUUCUUGCUGCGUUUCCCAAGUUGGUAGGUACUGGGAAACAACACACAUAUGUUGAGACUGAGAAUGUGCGCUAUGUUUAUCAGCCCAUUGAAGCACUGUACCUGCUUCUUGUAACGAACAAACAGAGCAACAUACUUGAAGAUCUGGAAACUCUGAGGCUUCUAUCUAAACUUGUGCCAGAGUAUUCUUACUCUCUUGAUGAGGAGGGUAUUUGCAGACAUGCAUUUGAGCUGAUUUUUGCAUUUGAUGAAGUAAUCGCUCUUGGGCACACGGAAAAUGUGACUGUUGCUCAAGUUAAGCAAUACUGUGAGAUGGAGAGUCAUGAAGAGAAGCUGCACAAGCUGGUCAUGCAGAGCAAGAUCAAUGAUACUAAGGAUGUUAUGAAGCGGAAAGCUAGUGAGAUUGAUAAAAGCAAGAUUGAGAAGAGAGGCGAUAAAGGAGGAUUCGGUCCAUUACAGUCAAUGGGCUCAGGAAGAGUUGAAAAUAGCUUUAGUGAUAUGAGCAUAUCUAGCAGUGGAACUGGGUUUGGAAGUGGCUCUGGUUUUGGAUUGACUACUGAUCCCGAUUCCUUUUCUACCAAGCCUAAAGGUCGUCCAACUUCAUCUGCCACAGCUCCGCCAAAGGGCCUUGGAAUGAAGCUUGGUAAAUCUCAAAGGACAAAUCAAUUUUUGGAAUCAUUGAAAGCAGAAGGUGAGGUCAUUGUUGAAGAUGUUCAGCCAAAACUUAGCCAGUCUCGGUCAGCUGCCCCACCACUUACUGAUCCCAUCACUUUAACUGUUGAGGAGAAACUAAAUGUGACAUUGAAACGAGAUGGUGGAGUCAGUAAUUUUGAUGUUCAAGGAACAUUGUCUCUCCAAAUUCUUAACCAAGAGGAUGGGAACAUUCAAGUUCAGGUCCAGACUGGUGACAAUCAAGCCAUCUCUUUCAAGACUCACCCUAACAUGAACAAAGAAUUAUUUGCCAAUGAAAACAUACUAGGCCUAAAGGAUCCAAACAGGCCUUUCCCCACUGGUCAAGCCAGUGAUGCUGGAGGUGUCGGUCUUCUAAAGUGGAGAAUGCAAAGCACUGAUGAGUCAAUGGUGCCACUGACAAUCAACUGCUGGCCCUCUUCUUCUGGAAAUGAAACUUAUGUCAGCAUCGAAUAUGAGGCUUCAUCAAUGUUUGAUCUGCGGAAUGUUGUGAUCUCAGUACCUCUUCCAGCUCUUCGAGAUGCACCAUCUGUCUCACAGAUUGAUGGAGAGUGGAGGUAUGACCCUAGGAAUUCCAUUUUGGAGUGGUCUGUCCUUCUGAUUGAUAAUUCAAAUCGCAGUGGGUCGAUGGAGUUUGUUGUUCCUCAAGCGGACUCAUCUGCAUUCUUUCCCAUUUCAGUUCGUUUUAUGGCAACUGAUACAUUUAGUGACCUGAAGGUGACAAACAUCAUACCACUAAAGGGUGGUAAUCCUCCCAAGCAUGCUCAGAGAACACAGUUGAUUACGGAAAACUACCAAGUUGCGUGAUUGAUUUUACUCUCUGCUCUGAGCUUCUAUGGCAGUUUUGCUUUUACAGUGGCGGUUCUUUUACCAGUUACCUUUUUCUUUGGCAAGUUGCAUCAUUUGUUACUUGUCAUGAAUUUAUGCUUUAGUUUUACUUCACAGAACAUGUUAUGCUCUGUGGCCUGAAAUUAUGAUGCUUGAGAGGUCACGAUUUGUAUGUGGCAGUAUUGUCAAAUUCCAAGCUCCCAUGUAUGUAUGAUCAUUUGACCAUUAUGGUACACAUUUGAUUGGUUGCA